AUGACGGCUCGCGUGCAUGGCUUUCUAGUGUUAGUGGCAUUCGCGACCACGCACGCUUUGGUUGACGAAGCAGUUGACGUAAUAAAACUCGGUAUCGAAAUUGGUGAAGAAGUACUCAACUCUUGGGAUGUUAUUAGCAAACCGUUCAAUGUGUCGGGUGGUGUUGAGUUGCCGUUUAUUAGGAGAAAAGAAAGGCAGAUUUUGGCGCGACUCGACCAAAUUACGCGUGCUAUAAAUCGUCUCGAACUGGAUAUAGAGAAAAAUGGAGCUAUUGCUAGGCUCCUAGCGAAACGUUCUGGAUACAGUCCCCGGCUCGAGUUGAGGCUACAUGAAAUGGCCGAUCUGCUAAACCGAGUUUCAAUAGCUGACCGGCAAAUGCGCGAGUACAUGAGGAUACAGCAAGACUUGGAGAGAAGUACAUUGGAAGAUUUUGCCGCGUGGUGUGUGUCACACGACGCCGGAGCUUUGCCUAGCUUACUAGAACGAGUACACGCGUUGAUUGUGCCCCCGCAUAAAAAUCUUCUCGGAACCAGUAUUUUGCAGCUACUAUUAGAUGAUUUGCAGGUUUGUUGUGAAUUGGGAUUA